AUCUUCUUUUUGGAGACCUUCAGGGCAAACACAGAAAAAGAAGAGCUCUAGGCCACAGAUCUCCACCAGCAAGAAGCGGCCAUCGUUGCGUGGCAGAUAACGCCAAUUUGUACGUGUUUGGAGGCUACAAUCCUGACUAUGAUGAGUCUGGUGGGCCAGAGAAUGAAGACUACCCUCUCUUCAGGGAACUCUGGAGAUACAACUUUGCUACAGACACCUGGCAUCAAAUGGGCACUGAAGGCUACAUGCCCAGGGAACUCGCCUCCAUGUCACUUGUAUUACAUGGCAACAAUCUACUUGUGUUUGGGGGCACUGGGAUCCCCUUUGGGGAGAGCAACGGCAACGACGUCCACGUCUGCAACGUCAAGUACAAAAGAUGGGCUCUGCUCAGCUGCCGAGGAAAGAAACCCAAUCGAAUCUACGGCCAGGCUAUGGCCAUCAUCAAUGGUUGUCUCUAUGUGUUUGGAGGAACAACUGGUUACAUUUACAGUACUGACCUACAUAAGCUAGACCUCAACACCAGAGAGUGGAUCCAGCUGAAACCAAACAAUAUGUCCUGUGAUAUGCCAGAGGAAAGGUACAGACAUGAAAUUGCACAUGAUGGUCAACGGAUUUAUAUCUUGGGAGGUGGAACUUCCUGGACAGCUUAUUCCUUAGAUAAGAUCCACGCGUACAACCUUGAAACCAACACCUGGGAGGAAAUCGCUACAAAACCUCAUGAAAAAGUUGGUUUCCCAGCAGCCAGAAGAUGCCAUAGCUGCGUUCAGAUAAAAAAUG